AUGCAUCAGUUAUCGGCUAUUGAAUUGAAGAAGUUGAACAAAGCGGAACGACGAAAACGACGUCGAGCUACACCGAAAUACCGCAAUCUUCAUGCUAGUCGAGAACGUAUUCGGGUCGAAUCGUUUAAUAGUGCAUUUGCAAAACUACGAGCGCUGCUACCUACAUUACCGCUCAAUAAGAAACUAUCGAAAAUCGAGAUAUUACGCCUCUCCAUCUCAUAUAUUUCAUAUUUGGAUAAUCUGUUACAUUUUUGA